AUGGCCGAAGCAAUCGAGUCCGGUGCGCCGACGUUCCUAAUCGACGAUUCCGGCGGAGCCGUCGAAGCGGUAGAGCAAAACUUCGAGGUGUUCGAGCAAGCGUGGCCUGCAGGACAGAGUGCCGCGUAUGACCAAACGCCGCAAGCGUUCAACCGUGGCGUCCUCAGCCACAGCCAAUUCCAAGCAACGCCUGCAGCGUCCCCUUGGACACCGGUAGCUCCCGGAUGGUUUCCAGCCUGCACCGUGCCUUACUUCGUCGUCCCACGCCGCUAUCCAGUUCCUCCUCCUCCUCCUCCUCUAGCGCCGCAACCACGGUGGAGCGUGCCGUAUUUUCCAAAUGGCGUGGCACCCCCAAACUACUUCGUGCCACGCCUGGCUCCGGCUCCUACCACGUCUAUUCCGAACAUGGUACCCCCAAACGUCUGGUCGCAACCGCCUAUGGCGACAGUGGCAACAGGGAUCCCAAACUUGUCGUCUCCGAAUUCCCUCGUGCCGGUACCACCUUUCGUGAGGACGAUAACGAUUCCCAACGUGGCACCACCUCCAACUUUUCUGUUGCCGCAAUCGCCACCUCUGGCGAGAGCAGCAACGACCCCUCACGUGAACGUGAGGGCGUUCGCCGUUCCGGCACCAUGGUUUGCUCAGCCGCCGCUCCCAGGUGGUCCUAUGGUGCGGUUCAGUGCCGGCGGAGCGAAGCCGAGUGCUUACGAAGUGCAACGCGUACAAGGCGCUCCGCUGUUCAUGACUCGAUCAAGAACGCGCAAAAAGUUGCAACAGCCUCAGCACGCGUCUGGGACGCCGCCACCUCGUCCCCACCUCCAGCAUUAG